AUGGACGGCACCGGCCAGGCUGCGAACGGCCACACCACCACCUACAUCUUCGACAUCAAGGACCUAUCUGCCCCCAAACACACCGGAACCUACCAGUCGCCCGUCCGCUCGAUCGACCACAACCAGUACGUCGUCGACGGUCUCACCUACCAGUCCAACUAUGGCAGCGGUCUCCGCAUCGUCGAUGUCAGCUCUGUCGCCAAGGACCCCACCGGUGCAAGCUUCGAGGAAGUCGGCUUCUUCGACGUCCAUCCCGAGGACGACGAGGUCGGCGGCGAGGUCGAGUUUGUCGGCAGCUGGAGCGUCUACCCUUACUUCCCCAGCGGAUACAUCUUGCUGAACAGCAUUGAGCGGGGCAUCUACUCGCUCAAGUACACUGGCCCCGGUGCCAAGCACUAA